CUAGUCCAUCCAUUGCCAGCCUGACGAGGCACGCCUCACGAACCGACAGCACCGCGUACGCUUGCACAUCGUAGAUGCCAUCUUGCCAUCGGUAAACAGGUAGAGAGUCGCAUCCUUGGUUUCUUUAUAUAAUGUUACUUGAGGCCCCUGGCCAAGCCCUCCCCACGAGGCUCGAAGCACGGAUCCUGCAGUAGCCGCCAUUCGCUCACGCCCCUUUGCAGCAGUAACCGAAACCUGACCCUUCUACUCUUCAUAUCUUGAACCUGACAUCCGCGAUGGUGUCCAGCUGUGUCAUUUCAACCCAGAAUCACAGUCAUUGACGAUUUAUCACCCCUUCCCUUACGAGAUCAAAGCUUGUUGGUCUUGGAUCGUUGCAUAUUCCUCCUUGGAAGCCCACCAUGGGCACGCGCACGAUUCGAAUGAUGAUGGCGCGCAAGCCCGUGCAUCUCUCCGUCGUGGUGCUUGGCUUCCUUCUCCUCGUCUACGUAGGCGCAAAGGUCAACCUCUUCGUCCACAUAUUCCUACAGCACGCAGGCGUCGCCUUCACUCAAGGGAAAAUAGCCCACGCCCAUGACGCCACGACGCCGGACCCUCGCGCACGCGUCGUGCCGACCAUUAUACACCAAAUUUACCAUAACUGGAAGGAUCCAGGCAAUGAGACAAUUCCGGCCAUUUGGGAUGCAGCGCGACAGACGUGCAUGGACCUGCACAAGGACUGGGAGUACAAGCUUUGGACCGAACAGGCCUCCCGAGAUUUCAUUGAAAGGGAAUAUUCAUGGUUCUUGGAGACGUAUGACGGUUUCAAGUUCCCCGUCCAAAGGGUAGAUGCGCUGCGAUACCUGCUCAUGCGGCAUUACGGCGGCAUUUACAUAGACCUCGACGAUGGCUGCCUAACCAGCCUGGAGCCUCUCCUCUACUACCCCGUCUGGGUCACCGACGGCGGCCACGGCGCUCUCAGCAACAACAUCCUCGGCGCGGCGCCCAACCACCCCUUCUGGGGGCUCGUCACCGAAUCCAUGACCCGCUACGCCUGGAACUACCCCUUCCCAUACGUCACGAUCAGCUACGCGACGGGGCAGUGGUUCCUGACGGACAUGUGGCAGCGGUACCACGCCGGGCUGGCGGACGGCGAGCCGGAGCUCACGCGCGUCUUGAUGGACAUGCGGCCCGGGGCGGCGCCGUGGGUGUUUUUCAUGCACACGCAGGGCGGGUCGUGGGACAAUUGGGACAACUACGUGUUUCAGUGGGUGGGAAGCCACUUGCUUGUCACGGUGCUUGCUGGCGUUGCUCUUUUCGGUACGCUUGCUGUCGUGGCGAUGCUGGUGGUGAGAUUGGCCAUGGUGUGUUGGAGGAGACGGAAGGGCUACCGGCGGGUGUAGGUCGUUAAUGCGAGGGCAAGAGUGGCCUCUCAUCUUGUCUGCGCAUUUUGAGUAGAUCUUUUGUGUAAUUGUAGACAUCUUAUGGACUUGGGCUGAUCCGUCUCGGC